AUGCUGUAUACUUUAGCAGGAGGAGGCACCCUGUGCGGCGUGGCCGCCCUUGUGCUUCUCAUAGUUUCUACAGCGACGGACUUCUGGAUGCAGUAUCGAUACUCUGGUAGCUCGGCCAAUCAGGGGCUUUGGAGAUUCUGCAUCAACCACAAAUGCCACGCCCACACCAUCACUGUAGCCUUCUGGGAUGCCACACGGGCCUUCAUGCUGCUGUCAGUGCUGAGCUGUUUUGCUGGCGUGGUGCUUGGACUGAGCGCCUUCACUAACGGCACCAAGAACAGGAGAGUGCGCACAGGUGGCAUCGCCCUGGUCCUGUCAGGUUUUCUCGCUCUGCUGGCUUUGGCAAUUUACACCGGUGUGACUGUUACCUUCUUUGGCAAACGCUUCUUGGACUGGCGUUUUUCCUGGUCCUACAUCAUAGGCUGGGUUGCCAUUAUUUUGGCCUUUGCAGCAGGUGUGUUCCAGCUCUGUGCCUACCAGCGGACCACUGCAGAACCCGCUCCCUCCAAUAACCCAGAGAGCUGA